UUUAAUAUUAUUGGCUUAAACGCCGUUUAACGUGGUAUGUAAAGAUUUCUUCUCAAUUUGGAGCAUAAUUGUUGCAAUUUGUGAGUCAGAGAUGUCCAAGCGGAUACAUGGGAGUCAGAUUUCCUGUUCUGUAAUGCUUUAUUCAUCUCCAGAUUUCCAAACGGGACAUUGGGAUUAAGGCAACUUACUUGUAUAAAGUAUACAUCUGUGAGAGAUGGUACACUGCAUGCUGAAGACGUCAGAAAGAAGUCGGUUGUACAAGACGCGACAUUGGGAUACUCCCAGGCAUUACCUGCAUGCGUUCAGGACGAUGUUACAAGAGGCGAAGAGUUAAAGAUGGAGCCUUAUGUGUACGAAGUGACACAGUUGUAAUCCCAGACAUAUGUAUACUGAGCCCACUACAACCGUUGUGAAAUGAAGAUAGAGCCCAUUUGAUCAGACACGUGCGUGAAAGCUUUUCAUGUGGAUUACAAACAAGCUUCAUUCAGGAAUCGCAUACUCUCCAGGUCAGCAUGUGCACUGUGGCAAGUAGAAACAUGUCAGAUGCAAACAGGUCGGCAACACUUGAACAACUAAAUGCAGAAAGGCGGUUACUUCUUCUACCUGUAAUUGCAGUAUUUUGUGUUGUCAUGGUAACAGGAAUCAUCGGAAACAUACUGGCGAUUUACGUCUAUGGACGAAGGUACCAGAUGAAGGCCGCCAUCUUGUUUAUGAUUAUAUUGGCGGCCACAGAUCUGUUGAGCUGUUCAGUAUGUCUACCAUUUGAAAUUUACGACAAUGUAAACUCAUUUCUUAACCAAAUACCGAUCCCUUGUAAAAUAUUCCGAUUUAUUGAAGCAUUUACGAACACCUUUUCUGGAUUAAUACUUGUCUGUAUUGCUAGUGACCGUUUUCGCAAUACCCGCUAUCCUCUGGAGAUGCCCUCCCUGGAACAGUCUAAAUCUCUGGCAACAGUUAUGUGCGCGUUGGCUGUGUCUAUCGCCUGGCCUAUGGUGGUUCUGAGUGGAAACAGAACCGUGCGUACUCGUAUUGAUGGCGUGACCGGAGUUGAUUGUUCCACAUCAGACAUGAUGUAUCAUUCAAUCUAUUCACUGUUGUUUCAAGGAUGUUUAAGUUUGUUGUUUGGCAUCUGUUUCAUUACAUUUGUAGUAUUCUAUGGUCUCAUAGCUUUAACAGUCUGUAAGCGUAGCUGUGGAACCAUUGGUGCUCGUGUUUCUGACAAAUUGCCAACUAUGCCUGUUAGUCCAAUGAAGAGAAAGAAGUUUGAGCAGAUGUUGAUAGCAAGAGCAUUGAGCAGCAUGAAGACGCCGAUCGACAAAACUCGGAGUAGCAUUGGUAAAAUCCACCUGCGCCCUGGACAUACAACUAUGAUGCUGAGUGUUAUUACAUUUUCAGGAAUCAUUGGUUACGUCCCUUACCUGACUGUGGAGCUACUGCAUUUCUCAGGUCAGAGGUUUCAGGAAGACAUGGGUUCCACUGAGCUUAUUAUUUACAAAAUGUGCAAUAAUUCUUAUUUUCUCAAUAAUGCGAUGAAUCCUAUAAUAUACAGUAUUCUCAGUCCACAUUUUCGGAGGGAAAGUUUUGUAUGUUUGAAACGUAUUUUCCGCUGCAAAUGAACAAUAUCAUAGAGGUAUAUGACAAUCAUUAAUGGCUACAGAACAACCAGGUAGGAUUGUGAGUGUUAUAUCCUGUUAGCACUUACCACUGACACGUUUCAUUAAAAUAGUGGUCGUGUGUUGGCUGACACAAUACUUGGCAAUACUCUACCAUAUGAUCUGGGCCAAAAAACAACACUGGAUCAGACACUUUAGUGAUUGACCCACGUUAUAUUAUGCCUCAAACAUGUCUGACCACCCUUCCGAUAAAGUAAGGCUGAGUAAGGUGGUGUGAAAAAACCCAAACACAACGGUCACAGUGUGGGUCAGCAUCGUAUAUCACAUUAGCAAGCCACACUUAGUAAAUCCUUCUAAAUGCCUAUUAAAUGGACUCUGCAUAUAACAAAGGUCUUAGUCUUAUUUAUAGAAGGG